AUGUUUUUAUUACGAACAGUACUAAGAUCUCGAAAUUUUAUUAGGCAGACUUCUUUUUCUACAUAUGCAAAACAUAACUUGAAGCCUUCAAAUUUUCGUUUCGGGUUCAGUUCUGGAAAGGUUAAAUUUUCUACUUCUAGUACUAUUGCUACGGCUAUUGGUUUAGCUGGCGUAUCUUAUUGGUAUGUGUACGAUAAAAACAUUGCGUUUGCUGACGCUUUGCCAAAAAGUGUAGAGUCUGUAACAACCGAGGAACCCGAGAGUGGAGUACAUAUUCCAACGUAUAUUACAUUACAUGACGGAACAAAAGCAAGGCUUAUAGGGUUAGGUAUUAGAACUGUUUCAUUCUUAAAAAUUAAGGUUUAUGUUAUUGGAAUGUAUAUUAGUGAAGAUGAUAUUGAUGUAUUGAAAAAUUGGAAGGGAUAUGAUAAGGAAAAGUUUAUGUCAGAGAAUGAUGAAUCGAUGACCUUAUCAAUAUUGGAUCUACCCAUAGUUAUGGCAAUUCGUAUUGAACCUGUACGAAAUACAAAUGGACAUCAUUUGCGUGAUGGUUUUACGCGCGCGAUUACGCACAGGAUGCAAGAUGGAUACAUGAGUGAGGAAGAUGCAGAGAACGUUUUAAAGGCCAUAAAAGAACUUAAAGCAAAAUUCCCCAAGUCAGUAGUAAAAGCCGGUACGGCUUUAAUUUUGAAAAAGGAAAAAAAUGGAACCUUAAUUAUUGAAUAUGAGGGAAAAAACAUGGGAAUAGUGAAUAAUAUUUGGUUAACAAAGAAUAUAUUUAUGAGCUAUUUGGCAGCAAAAAAUCCUAUUUCUGAAAAGGCAAAGAGAAAUAUUGCUGAUGGAUUUGAUGAAUUAUUAAAAUAA